UUCAAUAAUAUAAAUAUGAAUUCUGUUUUUUUGAAUUAUUAGAAAUGUAUUAUACAAAAGUGGAAUAAAUCAUAUUUUGUAAUUCAUUCUGAGAUAUUGAAAAAUAUAUUCAAAAUACAUACUUUAAAUUUCUCAGCACUUGUUAUUAUAAGAUAUGUAAAACACGUAACCCGGGUUGUAGAUUUAAAUAAACAAUUUUAAUUUUGCAUCUCAGAAUGACUUCAACCAGUAAUACACUGUGAAGUACAUUUUAUUACAUAUUUAGUAACCUAUGAAAAUAUACUCAAACCAAAACAAACUACGCUAGCAAACAUACAAAUAUUCGACUCCUCGCAAUAUGGAUUUUGAUUCAGUCAACCGAGUAGCAUUUCAUUGUGAAUGGUUUAAGGAAGAGGCUAUGGUCAUAAAAUCAUUUUUAUUAAUUUAUUAUCCGACUGAAAAAGCUGGCGAAUUGUUUGACUCUAAAAGUCAAAAAAGGUUUUUAAGAAAAACUAGUCUUGAUCUUUGUCGGGAAGAUUUUUACAUUGGUUCCAAAUUAGAUAUAUUUGGCCGUCAAAUCGAAAUAGUGGAUUUUGCAGAUGAGUUUACAAGAAAAUUACUGGGUAAAUCUAGGCAAAGGAUUUUUCUUCUAGUUAAAACUCCUCUAAUAAAUAAAGCGAGCAAUAUUUUAAAAGCAUUUGAAAAGAGCGGGUUUUGCUUUGCAAAUGCUUUAAUGGUUCGACUUAAUGAACAAUAUGCUACGUAUUUGUUUGGAGAUCGGGCUAGAGGAAACCAAGAAAUAACAAAUUUAAUAAGUGAAAUAGUGUCUGGUCCAGUUAUAGGAAUAGAAAUGUUUGCUGACCAUGCUUUUCAAAAAUUGGAAGACAGUUCUUUUAGUAACGUUGAAGCUCCUAGGAGAAAUAAAAAUAUAGUUUCAGCGGAAUUGGAGUUUUUAUUUAGUGAAGAAAUUUACAAAAAAGGGAUUUAUUUUUCGAAAUCACAAGAAGAUGCAAAUGAUGAGUUGAAAAAGUUUUUUUGUAAUGAAAUAAACCAGUUUAACACUGCUCUACUAAAUAACACAGUUUUGGGAAUAAUUAAACCACACAUUUUUAAAGAGGGCAAAGUCGGGGAAUGUUUACAUGAAAUAAUAAAUUGCGGAUACAAAAUAACAGCAUUCAAAAUAUGCGUUAUAGACCGUUCGAAUUGCGAAGAAUUUUUCGAGGUAUAUCGCGGAGUAUGUCACGAAUAUAUGCAAAUGAUAUCUGAAUUGGCUAGCGGACCAUGUCUAGCAUUGGAAAUACAAAAACCAAAUAGUCAAGAUAUUCAUAAGGAAUUUCGAGAAUUCUGUGGCCCAAAGAAUCCUGAUAUUGCAAAGCAACUUCGCCCAAAUACACUAAGAGCUAAAUUUGGAAAAAACAAAGUACUUAAUGCUAUUCACGUAACGGAUUUACCUGAUGACGUUAUUUUGGAACUUCAAUAUAUAUUUAAAAUUUUAUAAAUUAACUUAUCUUUGCAAAUUGUUCAUAAAAUAAUAAAAAAUAUAUA